UUCUUAUUCCCAUGGCCAUCAAUUCAUUAACAAUGGCAUUUUCAAAGCUUUCCCUUUUCUUCGCAUUGCUCCUUCUUUCCUUUCUCUUCCUCAACUCCUUCGUCUCCUGUGACACUGAUGAGGAGGCUAAUCUUCUUAAAGGCAUAAACAAUUACAGGGCUUCAUUGAACUUGACCAAUCUGAAGAAAAAUGACAAUGCUGAGUGCCUUGCCGAUGAACUAGCGGAUCAAUUCAAGAACCAACCUUGCACAAACUCCACCGGUGCCAACACCAUUCCCGGUACCGAACCGCAGUUCGCCAACUACCCGAACCUGUUGGCCAAAUGCCACUUGAAUGUCUCCAACACAAGGGAUGGAGCAGUAAUGCCUGCUUGUGUUCCUAACCUGGUUCCAAAUGUUGUGCUCAACAACUUUACACAAUCUCAGUACUCUUCAAAUCUCAAUGACACCAAGUAUGCGGGAGUCGGGAUCGGUUCCGACGGGGACUGGAUCGUUGUUGUUCUCACAACAGGCACACCCGACGGAAGCUACUCGCCGGCUACGGGUGCUGGUAGUUUGGUUUUCGAGAUCGGUCUAGUUCAUCAUGUGCUGCUACUCCUGGUGGCUGGUUUUUACUUGUUGUAGGCACUGGUUUCUGGUUUACGGCACUGUUGAUUCAUUUGUUGAGGAUGAGAAAAGGACCAUACUCCAUUGUUUUAAAAGAUAGAAAAAACUAUGAAUCACCCCAUAUAUACGCACCUCCUUUAGAUGAAUGAAAUCAGUCCUUUUGUAGUUUGAUGUUGUGAUGUUGUC